UCCGCCGCAAGAUGCCAAAGCGAAAGAACAAAAAAUGGAUGAAGAAAUCAUUCCAGAUGAUGCAAAAGAAGGUAUGUGCUCACCAUUCAUUUUCUAAAAUGUAAUGAAUAUGACUCCAAAAAUGUAAUAAAUAUGACUAUAAGUAACGUCUUCUUAUCUAUAUACUUCAGAUGACCAGAAUAGCGACGAGUGGGUCAAGGCGCUCGGGCUGAAGAAAAGCGAUCGAUCUGAUCUUCGCAAAAAGAGUAUGUUGAACGAUCGAAUCAUAAAUGCUGCACAAAAGUUAAUAAAGAAGAAAUUCCCACUUGUCGGUGGCCUUCAGGAUCCCCUGUUGUCACAACUAUCAUUCAAUCGUUGCACCAGCGAAGGAAUUCAGAUCCACAACACUGGUAAAUGUCACUGGAUUACGUCGUCGUGCAUUGGCGGGCAGCCAGUAAGUGUGUAUGAUAGUCUGUACGAUGAUUUAACAGAAUCCAGCGAAAUACAGCUGGUACAAUGUUACAACAAUUGUGUCGACCAGGCGGGCCAGCUUCAUAUUGAAAUGGCUUCAUUUCAGAAGCAGAAAGGAUCUACAGAUUGCGGUUUAUUUGCCAUUGCAAGUGCAUAUGAGCUUGCAAGUGGAAAUACGCACUUUAAUUACGAAGUUCCGUUUGAACAGAAGGCAAUGAGAGAACAUUUAAUCGCCUGCUUCGAGAAUGAAGAACUAUCGUCGUUUCCUCGUGCCCAAAAAGCGGCUGCAAUGGGCAAAAACAACGAAAAACUGUUAUCCAUACAAACUCAUUGUGUUUGUCAGUUGCCAGAAUGUGGUGAUAUGGUGCAAUGCGACCUUUGUGACAUGUGGUACCAUUUAGCAUGUACCAAUUUGAGCCAAGCUCCUGGCGAAAGUGACGAUUGGCUUUGCCAGUCAUGUGCGCCGCUUUUGUAA